UUAUGUUGGAUAUAAUUUCUGGGCUUCUAACGCCCCCUUCUGGUUAUUUAUGAGAUUGCGACAUUAAUGGAAACAAAAGGGGUAUUUCAGUGUUUUUUUGUUUUGUUUUUGACUGGACUUUAACACUGUUAAGGACUGGACUGUAACACAAGAGGCUAUGGAGAAACCAUGCAUCUUAGCCACCACUCCCGGAGAAAAUGGAAGCAUCAAUCGGUGUUUUGCGCCUUGUAUUGAGAAACACUUCACUAUAGUCCCAUAUGAGAAAUUUGUUUCGAGGAAAGAGGACUUCGCUGACAAAAUCCAGGCUCUGUUUGUUUGGGGUGUAACAAUAAAUGUUGAUCGCAAUCUGUUACAGUCCUUACCUAACCUCAAAGUUGUAGUAAACGGUGGGGUUGGAGUUGAUCAUCUUGAUAUUUCUCUUAUCAAUAGCUUUGGAGUCAAAGUUUCCAACACUCCUCACGUGGUGGACAAUGCCACUGCAGAUAUUGGCAUGGGUUUAAUGUUAGCGUCUGCACGAAAGAUUGUUGAAGGACAUAUUUUUAGUAGGUUUCGGGAAACUGAUGAUUUGACAACGAUAUCCUUGGGCACUGACGUUAGUGGAGCCACCCUUGGCAUAGUUGGCAUGGGUAAAAUUGGAUACAAAGUAGCUAGGAGAGCUCAAGGGUUUGAGAUGAAAAUCCUUUACCACAAUAGGAAUCCAAGGACAGAGAGUGAAGAAAGAGCAGUUGGGGCCACCUAUUGUGAAAGUAUGGAGGAGUUGUUGCGGAGGUCAGACUUUGUCAUGGUGGUAGUCGAUCUAAACCCUCAGACACACAAGCUGAUUGGUGCCAAAGAGCUUGCAUUGAUGAAACCCAGCGCAACCCUUAUCAACAUUAGCAGAGGUUUGGUUGUGGACCAAGACGCUUUAGUGGACGCUCUGCAAAAGAAAGCGAUACGAGCCACAGCAUUAGAUGUUACUUAUCCUGAGCCACUGCCUAGGGACCAUCCCCUGCUGUCAUUUCCAAAUGUCAUCGUCAUGCCCCACUUUGGAACCCACACUAUGGAAACAAGACAGGUUAUGGUGGAGAGGAUGGUGACCAAUGCCUUGGCUGCUCUAAAUGGAGACCAGCUUCCUGACGAAGUCAAGGCAUAGCGGCAGAUCACAGAGCCAUUUUUCCAUUUUUAUUUAAAGCAAAACAAAAACAAUACUGAUUUUAUUUUAUCGUUAUAAAACUGCAAAAAAAAAAAAAAAUAUAUAUAUAUAUAUAUAAAAUAUACGUGAGUAUUUUGUACAUGAUUCAACUCUUAAUUGUAAACUUAAAUUAUAUUUCCAUAUUAAAAGUUGGUGGUUUGUAAAACUGAGCAAUAUAUAUUUCUCACUGUUAGGCUACUUUUAUAGGUAAAAUCAUAAAAUGUAUACUGAUCCUGCUAUGAAAAAUUACUCUAAAAAUUAACCCUUCAGGAAAGAAAAUACAGAGUUUUUUCUUUAAAUUCCAGCUUGUUUAUUAUGUCUAUUGUGAAUAUUAGCCUACAUUUUAAUUAUUUGUUUGAUACUUUGUGACCUUUUGCAUCACUUGUCAAUCUUUCUGGUUUCAUAACGUUUUUAUUUCCUCUUGCCAAUAUUUUUGUCACUUUUUUUGUUGUCAACCAGCGAAAAAUUGGACUUCUGAAAUGCUUAUUGAUGUUUCUGAAAAGCAAUGGACCAUAAAUAAAUGGUCAGUCUCAGUGUAUAAUGUUGCUUUUGUUCGUUUUUGCAGUGAGAACAUAGGUAACCAUAAAUCUGAGUGGACAUCCAUGACAUGUGGAGUCCCGCAGGGCUCCAUUCUGGCACCGCUUCUGUUUAAUCUGUAAAUGCUCCCACUUGGUCAAAUAAAAAAAGGACCAAAUUGCUUACCACAGCUAUGCAGAUGACACCCAGAUAUACUUAGCCCUGUCACCCAAUGACUAGAGCCCCAUUGACUCUCUAUGUAAAUGCAUUGAUGAAAUUAACAGUUGGACGUAUCAAAAAUUUUCCCCAGUUAAACAUUCAUUGUAUUUGGAAACAAAGAUGAAGGUUAACACACACCUUGACUCUAGGGGUCUAAAGACACAAAAUAAAGUCAGAAAUCUUGGUGUAAUUUUAGAGUCUAACCUGUGUCUGAAUAAACUUGUGUAUGAAUUAACCAGUUCUCUCUCGCCAUGAAUAUAGCCUUAGAUGCUGGAAUGGCGUAAAGAAUAAAAUAAAGAAAGUAAUGUCUCCUUU